AAGACAAGACGGCACGCCACUGUCCAAUUCCUCCCAAGCCUAUCGACUCGAUCCCGUCUCUCUCGGCCCUCGUCGGCCAUUCUUUCUUGUAGGGCAUUAUGGAGGCAGGCAUCUCCCCAGCCCCGGCGGCCCCUUCACCCAUGCCGCCCCGCCCACGCGAGGCGGCUGCGGAGGUGGAGCAGGUCCGCGUCAGGAGGCGGGCCCUCGAGGUGGUUCUGGAAAAUUGCAGGAGAGCCCUUGAAUUGAUCGAGAACGCCGACCUCGGGCCGGAUACCGCGGCCGCCCCCAAUUCGGAGGACGAGAACGACGUGGAUGACGCGCCGACUCCGCUUCGAGAAGAGGAGAAGGAGCAGGAGGGAUCGCCGCCGCAGUCUCGUUCUGCGGUGGAUACCGAGACUGAUGAGCUAUGUUCCCUUCUCAAGGCAAAAGUUGAAUCACCUGACUUUCUUGAAAAGCUUGGAAGCAUCCAGACAUCUAUUUAUCAAAAUAAUUAUGAUGAUAAUGCAUCUUGGGACAUGGUUACUGCCACAGAUUUGUGGGAAGAUAAACAUGUUGAUGGGGGGAGUGUCCCAGACCAAGACGAUUAUGUUCUUGUUAAUCAAGAGGAUAUUGUGGAUGGCAUAGCAUGCUUCAUGGCUGCUUACCUAUUAUCACUAAAGCAAACUAAAGAAUUAACACCCAAUCAGCUUCAAGAAGCCCUUUGCAAAACAUUUUCUGUAAAGAAGAAGAAGAGCAGGCUCCGAAAGGCAUGGGAGGGAAGCCAAGUUAUUUACAACAUUGCUUCUUGGGGUGCUACUGCUAUUGGGAUUUACCAAAAUCCAGCAAUACUUAAGGCAGCCUCUGUAGCCUUUUGGUCCUCUUGUCGUGUCGUAUCAAAGUUAUUAUAAGGACUCCACUUAAUUGGUGGAUUUGAAAUCCAAAUGAGGUGGCUGUUGACGUGGAAGCAAUAUCUGACACAUCGUGCUUCGAAUGCUCCCAGCUAGGAAACAACAGCUCUCUAAACAUCAAGAGAGCUAACAAUAUUAUUCUGCACUGUGAUUGGUGACUUGAAAAACCCACUUUCCUACAAUUGUGUUUACUUUUUAGCAUGGUCGUAUGUACGGAUAGAAUUGGAUGCUGAUUCAGAUUGCUACCUCUUGUACAUAAAACGUUGAUUGUUUGUCAAGAUACAGCUGGUCCUCAGUUGUUCUUGGAAAUGUAAAUAUUCUUGGUUAUUAUUGUUGAUGAUUUGCUUUUUUUCCUUUCA